UAAGACGUGCAGAAUCCACGCGACGAGAGGGGGGAGAAGCGACCUGGAGUUAAACUUGGCCGGACGGGGGUUGUUGACUCUUGGUGAUACGAUAGCGGAUUGCACGUCUCUCUUACAACCUCCCCCAGCACCACCACCAUCGCGGGCGCUACCGGUGCGGUAUAUCAUAAUACUUGCUUAGAACGUCUACGAUACGGUAUCCGCGGACUGCCAUACCAAACCGUGAUAACGCCUUCACUUUUGCCUUACCUUACUACGAUAUACCGGUACCUCACCUCGCCGUACUUUUCCGCCCUAUUAGAUUCUGAUCGACCACGCUGCCCAAAAUGCCGGUUCUCCGCCGCUACUGCCGCGUAUCAAAAUACACGUGUGACAUACCCCGCCUUUCCACACACACCCCCGUCCCCAUUUUCGAAGGUUCGCACCGGUCGGUCGGUUCGGUACCGAACCAUCUUGAACACUGCUGAUGCUGUUCGGCAAAAAUGAUAAUACAGAGUCCUAGAAGUCCGAAUUUACCUCGACAAUCCGGCCGACCUACACGCUUGGCUGCUCUCACCUCGGUACAAUAUCCUCCCGCGAAUCUUCCAAUCGAUCAAACCACAUGUAUUUCCGAAGCUCAGGGAAGAACGUGAGCGUAGGAGCGGUGGGAAAGGCAAGAGUGCCAAACCGGUUAACGAUGUUGUUAUCGAAGGUUCGCGUUCUUAUUUUUUUUCCCGUGGGGGUUGUUGGAUGAGGGGUGAUUAAUUGAUCGAUUGGAGGAUCGUAGAUGACUACGAAGUUUCUAUAUUCCUUACAAACUCCGGGACGCGUCACACUGUAAUGACGAAACGAAAAAUGCUCCGGGAUUCCACUGGUGAUGGCGGUGGUGAGUUGGGUGGAGUAACGGGGGGCGCUAGGGUGCGGGCCCAACAUCGAAGGGAGGAAGGUGAUUCGGACGGGGGAGGGGUAAUCAACCUCGAUCGCAUCCCGGAAGCCCCUCCACCGGGGACAUCGGGGUCAUCGGGUGCCACCACGACGAAAAACUUAUCCGCUAGCGGGAGGGGCAAGUGUGGACCACCGGACCCCCCACCAGACACAGACGAUGGAGAUGGAGAGGAGGAAGGGGGUUCAGGUGACGAUAGUGAUUCAGACCCCUUCGAGCCACCCAUGAAACAUCAGCGGAGGACCGCGAUAGGUGCUUCUGCGAAGCGGACCGUAACCAUCCGUGACGAGGAUGAUGAUGCGGACUCUGAUUGGUCGGCAAAUGGCGAGGACGAGCCGGAGGAUAAGAAGAAAUUGCCCCUACGCACAGAGUUUGAAGGAUUCAAUAUCUACAGCCGGAUCCUAUGCCUUGUCGUUAAGCGUCGUGGGCCCAUCAAUGCGGGAAGGGCUCCGGCCGCUUCUACCCCAUCCACUGCAAGGCAGAUGGGCUCGCCAAACCAGAAGAGUGGGUCUGGCAACCAGAUAAUGGAGAACUGGAUUGCCAUGAGCCAAGCUGUCAAGGAAGGAGACGAGGAAGAUUGAUAAUAAGUUGUACCAGCUAUUACUCGUGUGACAUAUUACUGUAUUAUAUUGUAAUAACUCCGGGAAUAGUAACAAAUUUGUCAUGA